CUGAUACUAGUUUAUAUCGUAAAGCUGUUUUUAUUUGCUAACACUGCACUUGAUUAUAAGCACCUAUCAAAUGAAAGGACUAGAACUAUAAUUGACACACCUUGUACAGGUAUCUCAGAUCUCCUUCAGUUAGCCUACCAGCUGGAUCUCUCAAAGCUGUAAUAUGUGCCAUGUUGUCUCUUUUGGAACUAAGCAAGUUUGUUAGCUAGAGCUGACAAAGUGGAGCAGAUCUGGGCCGUCCACUCCUUACUAUGCAAAACGGAGAAGAAAACUUUGCAGGAGAAGUCACUUACUUUAGCCACUAAUGUGCUCCCGGGGAAUACCCAGAAGCUCCUUGGAAAGCUGGUGCUGGAUUUAGUAUCUGGGGCUGCAGAUUACAAGUGGGGUAUCUUUGCCACUUUGUUUAGUAGUCUUGAGUCGAAAUCCCAAUUUAGAGGUUAUGUGACGCAUCCUCACUUGCGGUGUUCAUCCCUGACAGCCGGAUGGCAUGGGUGUACUGGGCUCCAAGAAUUCCUUUUUAGCUUUCCUCCUAGGCCUCAUUUCUGGUUUUUUUAGCAUCUUCUACCUUGUGCAAAACCUGACAUGGGAAGGAUCCCUGCGUCUUGGCAUCCAGAUGCAGCAUGCCUCCAAGGAUCUAGAAAGCAUGAUUGCUAAAUCAGCUCUUGUCAGUUCUGCACACUUACACCAAACAGGUGGGGAUAGCAGUGUGGCAGAUGAACUGUAUGACAAGGUCCGGAUUCUGUGCUGGGUGAUGACAGGACCCCAAAACCUGGAGAAGAAAGCCCGCCAUGUCAACGCCACUUGGGCCCGUCAUUGCAACGUGGUCAUUUUCAUGAGUUCAGUGGAAGACAAAGACUUUCCCGCUGUAGGACUGGGUACCAAGGAAGGCAGGGACCAGCUCUACUGGAAAACCAUCAAGGCUUUCCAUUACGUGCACCAACAUCACUUUGAGCAGGCCGACUGGUUCCUCAAAGCAGAUGACGAUACCUUUGUGGUGCUCGAAAACCUCCGAUGGCUGCUCUCCAACUACUCCUCCGACAGGCCCAUCUAUUUUGGGAAGCGCUUCCGGCCCUUUGCCAAGCAAGGCUAUAUGAGUGGGGGCGGGGGCUACAUCCUGAGCAAGGAGGCCCUGCGUCGCUUCAUUGCUGGCUUUGCCACCAAAGUCUGCAGCCACACGUCUUCAGUGGAGGACGUGGCUCUGGGCCAGUGCAUGGAGAAGAUGGGCGUGGAGGCCGGCGACUCCCGGGAUACGAGGCAGAGGGAGACUUUCCACCCUUUUGUGCCUGAGCAGCACUUGACGGGGAAGGUCUCAAAAAGCUCCUGGUACUGGGCUUAUUGCUAUUAUCCUAUUGUGGAGGGACCUCAGUGCUGCUCUGACUUGGCUGUGUCUUUCCACUAUGUGAACUCAGAGUUGAUGUACACCCUGGAAUACCUCACCUACCAUCUGCAUGCCUAUGGUUACCGCUACCGUUACCAGCCACCUUUGCCUGAGAAUGCUGCUCACCUUCAGCCCCAUCCACCCUUGGGAGAAGACCCUAAGAGGAGCAGCAACACCACUGAGCAGGGCAAGAUGUAAGGACUGAGUGCAAGUUCAGAGCAAACUCAUCCAGCUGUAGAUAGUGAGGCUUGUCAGUACCUCAAUCCUGCAGGCCUGAUUGGUUUUUAGUGUCUUUUAAAGUAAGUGCCUUUUUCCUGGAAAGAACUGAAAUGAAUACGCCCUGAGCUCAGAUAACUUGCUCAUCCCCAACCUCUGUAAAUGCCCACUAGCCAAGUGAAAGGAUGUUAUUAGAGAAAUUUUUGUUGUUGUUCCUGAAAGGGCGUGAGAAGAAGGCAGAAUUUGGCCAAGUAGGAUGCUGAUUUUCUCCAUUCCUUCUUUAAGUCUACCGAGUCACAAGAAUGCAACAUCAGAAGUUUCAGUCCACUGAAGGAUCCAGCCUAUAAUUAAGACACUCUGCAGAUGGGCUUCUUCAUGGUCCAGGGUGUAUUGCAAUGACAAGGAUUAUUGUUUAAAGGAAGAUAAUUGAGAUAAAAUGAAGAAGGAAUUGGCAAGUUACUUCUGAAAAAUGCUGCCAAAAAGACUGCAGGAAGCAUUUGCCUGGAGUCAAAAUUGACUUGAAGGGACAUUUUUUUCCUACAUCACUGUUGACUGCCCAAUAACUGACUGGCAUGCAGGCAGCAGCCACCCCCACAGUUAGUAUGUCUUCAGCCCCCUUAUUUUCCUGCACUUGACAAUUAUUCCCAUGCCUGCGUUGAAAAUUAACUCCAUCCUAACUCUAUAUGAAUCCCUGUCCAUGUGAAGAUUCUGCAAUAUAGUCAGUCUCACACUAUGAGAAUCUGUUUAUGCCAAAACAGAUAGUUCGGGAGACAGGAGGGCUAACAGAUGCCAGGCCUUGUGAGAGUAUUAUUCAUCCCUGAUAUUGUGAUCAGUCUGUAAAAAUAAUCAAAUUCUUUUCAGUUUUCUAACUGGGAAACAUUUAAUCAUCAUCAUCAUCAUCCUUGGUAAGGACUCGAUAGGUAGACAAUAAUGCCAAAUCCAGCCUGAAAAUCUCGCUGACUGUGUAAUGAUUAUUAUUAUUAUUAUUAAUAAUAAUAAUAAGAGU